AUGUACGCGUCCCUGGAUUGCUCUGGUAACUCCUUCGGAAACACAGUUAAUGAUCAUAUGAGAUCAACUUUGAGUUUUGAUAACAAGCAACCUCCAUUUGCAAGUCAAAACAUUGACUGCGGUCAAACAAUAGCUUGCAUUUCAUACCCGUACAAUCAUUCUGGCUCAGGAGGUGUUUGGUCAGCCUAUGAGUCUGGCACCACCGCUGCCACUGUGUUCCGUUCCAAAAUUUCUGCUGGGGGUACAUCCGCAAGAAUUCCCUUACCUUUGGAAUUAGCAGAGAAUGAACCCAUAUACGUGAAUCCCAAACAAUAUCAUGGGAUACUUCGCAGAAGACUGUUACGUGCCAAGUUAGAGGCUCAGAACAAGCUAGUCAAGGCCCGAAAGCCUUACCUUCAUGAGUCUAGGCAUCUUCAUGCAAUGAAGAGGGCACGAGGUUCCGGUGGACGAUUCCUCAACACUAAGCAGCUCCAGCAGCAACAGCAGUCUCACACUGCCUCCACCAGGUCCACCACAAAUGGCACAAGCUCCUCAGGCUCAACUCAUCUACGGCUUGGUGGUGGCGCAGCUGGAGAUCGAUCUAUGUCGGCACCCAAAACAAUGGCCUCACAUGACAGUAGCAAGAAGGCUGUUUCUUCAGCUCUUGCCUUCACUGUGACUCCAAUGUUGCGCAGAGAUGACGCCUUCUUGCAGCACCCAAGCCACCAUCUCAGUUUUUCUGGCCACUUCUGGCAGGCAAGCGCGCAAGCUAGGAUGCAUAAUGGAACAAAACCAUCAAACAACUGCAUCCCACUGGCCAUGAGAAUGAGAACCUACCAUGGAGCACUGCUCCUCGUCCUUGCCAUGGUGAUGGCGAUGCUGUCAACAGGGAUCUGCACAGGCACAGCACCGGUGCCAGCGCCGCUGCCGACGGCGAGCUGGGAGUACCCACACGACCAUAAGUGUUUGAAGAUCUUGUCCAACAGUGGCUGCGACCAAAAGGCGUGCAACGGCAACUGCUUCAUCAAGCUCAAGGGUGCUGGAGUGUGCCUCAUUGGGAGCGACGAGUGCUUGUGCUACUACCCCUGCAAGUUGCCGCCGCCGCCCGCAUGA